AUGAACAACGUCAACAGGUUUCCGUCGUCCAAGCUCAAGCUCGAUGAGUUCUUCCUCAACUGGCUCUCGUCCCCGGAGUCGCAGAAGCUGGUUCUCAACCUCCUGGACGACGCCAAAGCCGGCCGCCCCCUACAGGCGCCGACGCUCCCGCAGACCCCCACGUCCGCGUCGCCGCUCUCGCCGUCGUCCACCAACGCGCUCUUCUCCGCGGCGCCGUCGCUGGCGACGCCCCCGCUGUCGCCGCAGAAGGGCGCGCACACGCCCCCGGGUCCCGGCUCGCCCAUCUCCCCCGCCAGGUUCAGGUCCCAAGGGGGCGUUCAAGGCGGGAAGGAGGGCCAGGGCCUGGGCCAGGGGGUGCACAAGGUGCACAAAAGAGCCGCCGACGUCAUACCCCGGUUCUAUUUCGGCGGCGAACAGCUCGCGUACUCUGACGAGCAGAGCGCGGUGAAGCUGGCGGAGGCUGCGCUGCUCUUCAACGGCGGCGAACUCGACGCGGAGGGGAUGGUGCAGGUGACCCGCGAGGUGUGCGAGCUGCCGGGGUACUUUGCGCCCUUGCUGAUGCAUCGCGUCAACGGGACGGAACCGAUAGCGGAGGACCCGACGGGCGCCGACGCGUCCGCGGCGCCCGGCGCGCUCACCGCGCCGGCGCGACAGCCGGCGCCGGUGACGUGGACAAAGUUCACCGAGUACUGGAACGGCACGCUGCGCAAGUACACCGAGCCCAACGCGAGGGUGUUUGAGGUGCUCAGGGGCGACAAGAAGAGCGGGGACGCAAACGGCUCGGGGCUGAACAUCCCGCACCUGACGCACCAGGAUUUCCGGAGCGUGCUGCGGUGCGUGCUGGACACGCACCCCGGUUUGGAGUUUCUCAAGGAUUCGCCCGAGUUUCAGGACCGGUACCUGGAGACUGUCACCUACAGGAUAUUCUACCAGGUGAACGUGGCUUGGAACGGGCGGAUGACCCUGCGGGAGAUGCGCAGGUCCAACUUGCUGGAGGCGAUGACGCACGUGGACGAGGAGGAGGACAUCAACAAGGUGUUAAAGUACUUCUCCUACGAGCACUUUUACGUCAUCUACUGCAAGUUCUGGGAGCUGGACACCGACCACGACUUCCUCAUCGACAAGGAGGACCUCCUGCGAUACGGUAAUCACGCGCUCACGUACAGGGCCGUCGACAGGGUGUUCUCGCAGGCCCCGCGGCGGUUCGUCAGCGGCGUCGACGGCAAGAUGGGGUACGAGGACUUUUGCUGGUUCGUCCUGUCCGAGGAGGACAAGGGCAACCCGCUGGCGCUCGAGUACUGGAUGCGGUGCGUUGACCUGGACGGCGACGGGAUCCUGAGUCCCAGCGAAUGCUCGUUCUUCUACGAGGAGCAGCUGCAGCGGAUGGAGUGCCUGAGUCAGGAGCCCGUGCUGUUCGAGGAUAUCCUCUGCCAGAUGUCGGACAUGCUCCACCCGGAGGUUCCCGGCAGGAUCACGCUCAGGGACCUUCGCCGCUGCAAGCUGGCGGGUAACUUUUUCAACGUGCUCUUCAACCUGAACAAGUUCAUCGCGUUUGAGACCAGGGACCCGUUCCUGAUUCGGCAGGAACGGGAGGAGCCGCACCUGACGGAAUGGGACAGGUUCGCCAGGCAGGAGUACAUACGGCUCAGCAUGGAGGAGGAGGAGGGGAUGCAGGAUGGGAACUGGGACGGCGACGGCAUGGACCCUUCGCCGUUUUGA